GGCAUGGAGGAGGAGGAGGAGGUGGAGGAGCGCGAGGAGGAGGAGGAGGCGGCGGCGGCGGCGGCGAGCCGUGGAUCAUUGUGAUGGUGGCGGCGGCGGCGGCGGCGGCAGCGGCAGCCCGGCCGGGCGUCAGGGGCUGCUCUCCGCGCGGCGUCUUGCAGGGGAGCUCAGCGAUGGACGCGUGCAGUCGCCCGGGGCCGUCCCUGUGUUUACGCGCCCCAGCCCGAGGACUCGGGAUCUAGGUUCCUGCGAAAUGCAACUGAGCAGCCAAAGUACUUUGAGAACACGGGGCGGCAUAAACACCAAAACUUUUUUGUGGAAGGAAAAUGCAAUAAGCAAGCUUGCCGCGGUCCGAGGCGGGGUGGAGUGAGUGCGUGUCGCGCGUGUCCGCACCGGAGGCAUAUGCUUGUGUGUGUGUCCAUGGGGUGCAUUUUGUCGGCACGUAGGGAGAAAAAGGCUUGCCAGCCACCGGAAACCUCCUGGAACCUAUUAGAAAAUAAUGGAUUAUAAAAAGAAAGCAGGAGACGAGCGGAUCUCCCCUUGAGUUGCAACCCGAUUUUUGCUGCCGGCUCAGUUUGUUGCGAUUCUUUUUGUUGAUAGGUGUCUGAUGGUAUUCUGAUAACACCCCCUUCUCUCCCUCCUUUUUUUUCUUUUCCCCCUCGAGCUUUACAGUUUAAAAAAAAAAAGGAAACAACAACAACAACAACAAAAAAACCCACCCCCCUCAAAUCUUUUCUCUCCACCCCCCCCCCGCCAUCCCCGCUCUUUUUUUUUUUUUUUUUUUUCCUCCCCGUCGGGAUUGCUGUUUCCAUCCAUGUGCUUGCGUCUCCCCCGCGUUCCACUUAAACUAUUUUAAUUCUUGGACCCAAGGAGGAGGCUGAUAGGGGGGUGGAUUUAAAAAAAAAAAAAAAGUUCUUCCAAAAUAGUGUGCCCGGGGAGCAGGAUGGGGGAUUUCGCAGCCCCCGCCGCUGCCGCGAAUGGCAGUAGUAUUUGCAUCAACAGUAGCCUGAGCGGCGGCCUCGGCGGGGCCGGGAUCGGCGUGAAUAAUACUCCCAAUAGUACUCCCGCCGCUCCGAGCAGCAACCACCCCGCGGCCGGCGGCGGCUCCGGGGGCCCCGGCGGUCCCGGCGGCGGCUCGGCGGCCGUGCCCAAGCACAGCACCGUGGUGGAGCGGCUCCGCCAGCGCAUCGAGGGCUGCCGGCGGCACCACGUCAACUGCGAGAACAGGUACCAGCAGGCUCAGGUGGAGCAGCUGGAGCUGGAGCGCCGGGACACCGUGAGCCUGUACCAGCGGACCCUGGAGCAGAGGGCCAAGAAGUCGGGCGCCGGCGCGGGCAAGCAGCCGCUCCAGAGCAAACCCCAGCAAGAUGCGGAGGCGGCCUCGGCGGAGCAGAGGAACCACACGCUGAUCAUGCUCCAGGAGACUGUGAAAAGGAAGUUGGAAGGAGCUCGAUCACCGCUGAAUGGAGACCAGCAGAAUGGUGCUUGCGACGGGAGUUUUUCUCCAACUAGCAAGAGAAUACGCAAGGACAUUCCUACAGGAAUGGAAACCAUCAACAUGCCACUGCCUUCAGCUUCUCCUCUUCACCAACUUGACCUGAAGCCCUCGUUGCCCUUGCAGAAUAGUGGAACUCACACUCCUGGGCUUCUGGAAGAUCUGAGUAAGAAUGGUAGGCUUCCAGAGAUCAAACUCCCUGUCAAUGGUUGCAGUGACCUGGAGGACAGCUUCACCAUCCUGCAGAGCAAGGAGCUCAAACAAGAACCUCUAGACGACCCUACUUGCAUAGACACAUCAGAAACAUCUCUUUCGAAUCAGAACAAGCUGUUCUCGGACAUCAACCUGAACGAUCAGGAGUGGCAAGAAUUAAUAGAUGAGUUGGCCAACACGGUCCCCGAAGAUGACAUACAGGACCUGUUCAACGAAGACUUUGAAGAGAAGAAGGAGCCCGAAUUCUCACAGCCGGCGACGGAGACCCCCCUCUCCCAGGAAAGUGCCAGUGUGAAGAGCGACCCUUCUCACUCUCCUUUUGCACACGUCUCCAUGGGAUCCCCCCAGGCCAGGCCUUCCUCUUCUGGCCCUCCCUUUUCUACCGUCUCCACGGCCACUAGUUUACCUUCGGUUGCCAGCACUCCCGCAGCUCCGAACCCCGCCAGCUCACCAGCAAACUGUGCCGUCCAGUCCCCUCAGACUCCGAACCAAGGCCACACACCUGGCCAGGCUCCACCUCGGCCUGGAAACGGCUAUCUCCUUAAUCCCGCAGCGGUGACCGUGGCCGGUUCUGCGUCGGGCCCAGUGGCCGUGGCCGGCUCCGACAUGUCCCCAGCGGAGCAGCUCAAGCAGAUGGCUGCACAGCAGCAGCAAAGGGCCAAACUCAUGCAACAGAAGCAGCAGCAGCAGCAGCAGCAGCACUCGAACCAGACUUCCAGUUGGUCUCCCUUAGGGCCCCCGUCCAGCCCCUACGGAGCAGCUUUUGCUGCGGAAAAACCAAAUAGCCCAAUGAUGUACCCCCAAGCCUUUAACAACCAAAACCCCAUAGUGCCUCCCAUGGCAAACAACCUGCAGAAGACGACAAUGAAUAACUACCUCCCUCAGAACCACAUGAAUAUGAUCAAUCAGCAGCCAAAUAACUUGGGUACAAACUCCUUAAACAAGCAGCACAAUAUUCUCACUUACGGCAACACUAAGCCUCUGACCCAUUUUAACGCAGACUUGAGUCAGAGGAUGACCCCCCCGAUGGCCAACCCCAACAAGAACCCGUUGAUGCCCUACAUCCAGCCGCCACCGCCGCAGCCACCGCCGCUGCAGGCCCCCAGGGCGCACCUGAGCGAGGAGCAGAAGCGCAUGCUUCUCCUGAAGCAGAAGGCCGCGAUGCCCCAGCCCAUGGCCUACGCCGCGCUCCCGUCCCACGGUCAGGAGCAGCACCCAGUUGGACUUCCCCGGACCACAGGCUCCAUGCAGUCCUCGGUGCCCCCGGGCUCGGGUGGCAUGGUCUCCGGAGCCAGUCCUGCGGGUCCUGGCUUCCUCAGCACCCAGCCCCAGGCUGCCAUCAUGAAGCAGAUGCUCAUUGACCAGCGGGCCCAGUUGAUGGAGCAGCAGAAGCAACAGUUCCUGCGGGAGCAAAGGCAGCAGCAGCAGCAGCAGCAACAGCAGCAGCAGCAACAGCAGCAACAGCAACAGCAGCAGCAGCAGCAACAGCAGCAGCAGAUUCUGGCCGAGCAGCAGCUGCAGCAGACACACCUGCCCCGCCAGCACCUCCAGCAGCAGCGGAGCCCGUACCCAGUGCAGCAGGUCAAUCAGUUCCAAGGUUCUCCCCAGGAUAUAGCAGCCGUGAGAAGCCAGGCAGCCCUCCAGAGCAUUCGAACGUCACGGUUGAUGGCACAGAACGCAGGCAUGAUGGGCAUGGGGCCCUCGCAGAACCCGGGGACCAUGGGCACGGCCCCAGCCCAGUCGGAGAUGGGACUGGCCCCUUACAGCAAUCCGCCUACCAGCCAGCCGGGAAUGUACAACAUGAGCACAGGAAUGACCCAAAUGUUGCAGCACCCAAACCAAAGUGGCAUGGGCAUCGCACACAGCCAAGCCCAGGGGACAAGGCCGCCCGCCUCCGGGCCAGGGGUGGGCAUGGUGAGUGGUUUUGGGCAGAGCAUGCUGGUGAACUCGGCCAUGGCCCAGCAGCACCCGCAGAUGAAGGGGCCGGUGAGCCAGGCCCUGCAGAGGCCCCAGGGCCCGCCCCGGCUGCAGGGCAUCCUAGGGACCGUCCAGCAGGGGACGCAGGGCUGGCAGCAGAGGAGCUUGCAGGGGGUGCCCGGGAGGACUAGUGGGGACCUGGGCUCCUUCAACAACGGCGCCGGCUACCCGCUGCAGGCUGGCCAGCCGCGGCUGAGCAAGCAGCACUUCCCGCAGGCGCUGGGCCCCGUGGUGGACGCGGCCGCGGGCGCCCCCAGGCCCCUCGCCCCGGCGGCCGCGGGUCGGCAGGUGAUGCCCGCGCUCCCGGGGCAGCAGGGCGGCGGCCAGGCCAGGCCGAUGCUCCUGUCCGGCCUGGGCCAGGGGGUGCCCGGGCUGCCGCCGUUCGGCCCGCCCCCGGCGCCGCAGCAGGUGCCCAGCGGCGGCUUCGGCCCGGGCCAGGCCUACGAGCGGAACCCCCCGCAGGACGGGCCCUACGGCUUCGGCGGCGACGCGGCCGCGGCUCCGUUCCCCGGGCUCCCCGACGGCGCGGACCUCGUGGACUCCAUCAUCAAGGCGGGGCCGGGGGACGAGUGGAUGCAGGAGCUCGACGAGCUGUUCGGGAACCCCUAGCCGGGGAGCCCCAGGAGCCCGCGCGUGACAGGGAAACAGGCUGUCGAGCCGGCCCCGGUUUUGUUUCGUCGACCCCGUAAACUGAGCAGAACUGCAGCCGGCCGACCGGGAGAGCGCCGGGUGCCCCGCCGGGCCCGGGCCUGCUCCCCCCGCUCCCCGCGGCCAUCGGGCCAACCGCGCCGCGCCGGGCCGCACGGAGGGAGACGCGGUGGAGGCAGGUGCGGCAGGUGCGGCAGGAGGGGCAGGAGGCCAACCCUCCCGGAGCUGCCCAGCCCCAGAUAGAGGCAGAUGGGGUAGGUGGGGCAGGUGGGGCAGGCGGCCGGCCCUCCGGGAGCUGCUCAGCCCCAGGUGGAGGCAGGUGAGGCAGGUGGGGCAGGAGGCCGGCCCUCCGGGAGCCGAGGCCGCCGGUCAGGGUCAGGCGCCAGGACUCACUGUAUGGGGGCGUCAGCCGAGGCCGGGGACAGGUCCCGGGAGGCCUGGCUGCUGCCCGGUGCUGGCCCUCAGGAGCCCCUCACACGGACCCGGGGGGGGGGUGCGCCCCAGAGCGGGGUGCCGUGUCCCGCAGGUGCACCGAGGCCAUCCCGCCUCCCCCACAGCACUGCCCCGGCGCUUCGGGCCUCCGCCCCAUCCUGCCCCGGCUGGUCCACGUAGACGCUGGCAGAUAAAGCUUUUGCGUUGGGGGGCCUGGAACAGAACGGAUGCGGGAACUUCGAUGAGGCCUGGGAUGCGAAGGCGGCACUGGAGUCGGUCCCCCGACGGUGGCUGGGGGGCAGCUCUCCGGCCCGGCAGGCAGGCCGGCCCUCUGAGCUCCCCGGUGAGCUGCUGUGAGCCCCCGUGAGGCCCGCCCAGGGGCGCCCACGCUGGCCCCCCGUGGAAGCAGCCCAGGGGCGAUGCUGGGAAGCUGGCCUCGCCGGAAAGCCCAACCCAGAACACUGGGGGACAAGGAACUGCUAAGUCACUUGCUCCACCUGACACGUCUGGACAAUAAACAGGAGGAAGACACGGCUCCUUCCACGGGGGCAAAGUCCUCCGCUCCAAGAGCCCGUACAGGUGUCCUCUCUGGGACUCUCUCCCGUCCCCCGGCAAGGUCUGUGCGAGGCUUGGGCAGCCUGGGCUCCGGAGCCCGAGGCCCUUGCAGCCUCUGCAGGCCUUGUGGCCUCAUCCUCGUCUAGAGAACUGGGGGGGCCAGUGCUCGGCCCCCACCACAUGCUCGCUCCCUGCGUGUCCCAAAGCCUGGCUCCCUCUGGGGCCCACUCAAGGGGGGCUGAGGCGGGGGCUCCGUGGAAGGCGGGGUGCACACACUGCCACUGGCUUUGCUCGCACGUCGAGGUGGUGGAUGCACCAAGCCAGGGCGGGCUGGAGGACAGAGGAGGCCCAGACCUGGGCUGUGCUCCUCCUGGGAACAGGUGGUGGCAGCUGACCACGACCUCCUCGCCUGGGAGGGACACCCCGCCAUGGAAAGUCUCGAGUAGAAACAGAUAAAAACCAAAAAAACAAACAAACGAAGUAAACGAGCAAGACGGAAAACCAUUACCUUUAUCUGAAAGGUACAGGAAACAUAGAAGCAAUGAUGAGAAACUGGAGGUGGCUGAGGGGGUGCGGGGGGCUCCAUUACCUUUUAAUAGCUUCCUCCAAAUGCUUAGUACUGGGACCAACUCAAUAGAGAGGUAGACUUUCAUAAGGUUGUUUUGUUUUGUUUUUGUUUUUGUUUUUACUACGGUGCUGAUGUAUAUGUAAUGUCUAAAAAAAAAAGUUAUUUGUAAAUAAGUUUUUACAAUACUGCAGAUAUCACUGGGUCUACUAUCUGUAAAAAAUAUACAUAUAAAUAUAUAUAUACUGUUUGUUUAAAAUAGAGUAUUUUUAUUUCAUUCCUUAACUCAUCAUCACAGCAGUGGUAUAUUGCACUUCAGAUGACAUCUAAUGACUAAUUUGUACUGUAUGACCUAUGGCAACUUGCUCCAUUUUAUUCAGAUUUUUCUAGUUUUCUGUUUUUACUUUGUACAUUGAGCAUUGCUUAUUUCCUUUUAAGAAAUGUACAGAACUCUGAAAUGUAGAAAUGAAGUGAUGUUGACAUACCACUUUUAAAGAAAAGAAAACAAAUAAAAGAUCAUUAUCUGAAUCAA